AUGCCUGCUGGAGUCUCUUGGGGUCAAUACAUUUCUUUUUCUAUAUCAGCUAUGUUAUCAAUGCUAGCUGGAUCUCAACUGGUACAUCUCCAAUAUAAACCAUUGAUAGACUUACACAAAUAUAUUGAAAAGGAAUUGCAACACUUACCACCAGAUGUUCAAAACAAGAUUCGUCAAGAACUCAAAGAUGAAGGGGUUUUAAAGUAAAUAUGAAAUAAUAUUUAUCACGUAUUUUAGUGAAUUAUAGUCAUGUAAAUAAAAUAAAGGAAUAUGUAGCUUUUGCAUUUUAA